AUGCCGGGCUCACAGCUGGCCCCCGACAGGCCGGACAGCAAGAGGGGGAGCCCAGCAGCCAGAGCGUCUGCGUUUAAGCCUCUGGUGAAGAGUGGGAGCCGCGCUUCCUUCGUGCCCAGCCUCGGGCCUCUGAGCUUGGGCCUCAGCUUGACGAGGCGGCCCAGCGCCCGCUCCCUGAGCUCGUUGGCCGGCUCACACCCAGGGGGCCCCCUGGGCUCCAAAAGGAACGCGAUCACCAGCUCCUACAGCUCCGCCAGAGGCCCCUCCCAGCCUGGGAAGAGGCGCGCGCCCCUCCAGAUGCCCGAGUGGCCGGUGAAAAAGAAAAGCGGUCCUCGGCGUCACUUCCGCCGAGGGCACCGAUCCUCAGGCGGCAUCUCCAGGUCCACGCGCUUCCCCAGCGCCUGCGGGAGAGGGAACCAGUGUGGCUCCGAGCCCACAGCUGCUGUCACCCCUCUGACCCCUGCUCCUCCCUCCUCGCCUGCCACCGACACCACGCGGCCACCUUCCGCCUGUCGGGCUGGCGCGUUUCCCAGGCCCCCAGGCCCACCUGCCAUCGCCCCCACAGCACCCUCUGCACAAAGGACUGUGUUUGGAGUGGUGAGGGGACCCGCUCACCAUCUUUCUGCCUCUGCACCUCCUGCUGCCACGUCUGCUGACCCCACCUCAAAGCCCGGUUGGAGGCCCCCACCUGACAAUGAGGCGCGAGUCUCCUUACCUUCCAGAAUCUCAGCCACGACUGCAGCCCGAUCCCCUCCAGGCCUCCCGAUGCCCACCUUCAAGCCCAUCUUUGGCAGCAUCGAGCCGCUCCGCACUAGGCCUGUGAUCACGCCUUUCUCCUUCAAGCACCCGUCUCCUCCAGGUCCUCCUGCUGUGACCCUCCUCUUCCACAACCCGGGCACCACCAGCCCUACAGCCACCUCCGCCGCCCCUGCCAGCACAUCCACAGGCUCCUCUUUCAAGCCACCUCGGGAUUUUGGUGGAGCAGGUGUUACCAGGACCGUAGGCAACACUUACUCGGACUCUUCCCCUUCUCACACUUUCCUCCUUGGGGCUUCCCAUGCCUUCAGGGCCAACCUUUCGAACCCAGCCACAGGCUUCACUUCCCCACCUCCCCAGCUUCCCACCAUUUCCAUGGUAAAUGCCGUCAACAUCUUUAGCCAGGUUCUUCCCAGCGCCGCCCAGAUAUCCCCUAGGAAAAGCACCGCCCGUUUUAAGGGCAAGGGCAGCCCCCUGUCGGCCUCCGCCCUCGUCACCCCAAGCCAGCCCACAUUGCCAUCGGGCAUCUCCAAGCCAACCCCAGCAUUCACACUUCCGCUGGGGUCAGGCUCCAAGCCACUUUCCCCACUCUGCCUGGGAGUCACGCCCCGGCCUGCAUUUGGGGCUUCAGGUGGGCAAAGGCAAGGGGCCCACCAACCAGCCCUUAGCCCCAGCUUCAAGAGCUCUUCUGUGUUAGGAAACUCGGCAGUGGUCCCCCCAACCCCAACCCCAGCUCCAGCUCAGCCAGCCUUCAGCAGCCCCACAUGGUCAGCAUUCGGGGUGUUGACACCCUCUGCCUCCACCUUCCACGUCCCUGCCAGCAUCCAGACAGGUGCAGGCAGCACCCCAGCAGGUUUUCCCUUUGGUCCAGCUAGUGCCACUGGUUUUGGGGUUGUCCCCCAGCCCCGCCAGAAUGGGGCUCGGGCCUCAGUGUUUGGCAUCACAGCCCCACGACCUUUUGCUUUUGGGGGGUUAGUGACCCCUAUGGACUGUGGGGAGUCUGGGGACAGCAUGGCUGUCCCAGACAUGAGCUCCACCUCUGGAGUGUUCUCCAUCGGAGCCAUGCCCAGUGGGGCCAAGCAUGCCGUCACACCCUUCGGAAAAGGCUGGAGUCAGAACGCCCAGGGCCUGACCCCCCAGAGCACCCCUUUUGCCUUGGGGAGGCCCAGUAUUUCUGCAAGAAAGAUUAUGUUUGGAGGCCCUGCCAUGGCCCCCUUAGCUCACAGCCUCCCUGUCCCUAGACCACUUAAGACAGGCAGUAGCUUUGGCUUAGGGAUUCCCUCUCCGCCUGCCCAGGGCUCCCUUGGGAGAGGGUCUUUCCGAUCAGCAGUCCCUUCAUUUUCCAUUGGUGCCAAACCAAAAACCCCAAAGAGUCGGGAGUCAGGGCAUUCCCGAAGGCAUCAUGCCCACAGGAAAUAG